AUGCACCGUAUUCACUCGUGGGCGAAAGCUCACGCGUUUAGUGGAAAUUCACAACCUCAACCUCAAGCUGCAGCAAAGCCUCAACCCACCCGAGAGUUGGCGCAAGCAUCAACUCGCCAAAAUGGUCAAGUGAAUAAAGAAGCUGGCAACUCGGCCAGCCCGGAGUUGCCAACAGAUGCAGAAACUCAGAAACGGGGACUUAUCCCUCGUGCUAAGGAUGGAACCAUCCGCUUCCUCAGACACACCAAGAAUGCGCUCUGCCAUAGUUGGGUCAAUGUCCUGCUGGUUUUCGUACCUAUCGGCAUUGCUGUGGAAGCUGUUGGACUAAACCCUGCCGUAGUCUUUGCCAUGAACGCAGUGGCGAUCAUUCCUUUGGCUGGAUUGCUCAGCCAUGCUACUGAAUCGGUCGCCAGCCGUCUGGGAGAUACGGUUGGAGCACUACUGAAUGUCACCUUCGGUAACGCAGUAGAGCUGAUUAUUUUCAUUAUUGCCCUUGUCAAGAAUGAGAUUCGAAUCGUCCAGGCUUCCCUUUUGGGAUCUAUUCUUGCAAAUCUUCUUUUGAUUCUCGGAAUGGCCUUCCUCCUUGGAGGUCUUCGUUUUCAAGAACAAGUCUAUAACAGCACCGUCACCCAAAUGAGUGCCUGUCUACUUAGCUUGAGUGUAACUAGCUUGCUUUUGCCGACCGCUUUCCAUGCAUCCUGGUCAGAUAGUACGGAGGCCAACCGGUACACCCUGAAAGUUAGCCGUGGAACAAGUGUGGUCCUACUUCUUGUCUAUGUGUUUUACAUUAUCUUCCAGCUCAAGUCCCACUCAUAUCUCUACGCCAGCGUACCCCAACAGAUCAUCGAUGAGGAAUCUCACCCAGGUGUUCUGGCUGAGUUUAUGAAUUCAUCCGACUCUUCUAGUAGUUCUUCUGAUGAAUCAGACGACACUACAACCUCGUGGACAACGGCCAAGCGCAUCAAGCGAGCUAUGAAGUACCGAAGACACCGCAAAUCGAGCACUAGCUCUCGAGGGACUUCCUCACCCGAGCUGUUUCGAAAGCCGUCUUACGUUGACGUGCCAUCCAUUGCCCAAAGUCGGAAACUGAGCUCUACCAGUGAAUCAGUCCCUAGUCAGCGUGAUGAGACUGGGUCACCUAUUGUCGCGCUUGGCGAGGAUGCUCGAGACAAUGCCGAUAAUGACAACAAUCGCCCAAAUGGGCCUCACUCUAGAGACUUUGGCCACGCAACCAGCAUCAAGUUUGAAGAGAACCAAAGAGAAAAGAAACGUGAUCGGAAGAAGAGAAGAAUGUCUCGCAAGCACGAAACCAAGGAAAGCGCGCUUUCUGAUCCACAGCUAGACCCGGCCCUUCCUGGCCCUGCUAUGGAGCUAGCUGCACCAGGCGGCCGUGUUGAGGGAGAGUCUGAACUUCCACGCAAGUGGUCUUCUCCAUUUCGCCCAAACCUACCGAGCCGUUUACUUUCCAACACCGUGUUCGCUAGCCCUCCACCCGUCAGCGGCACCACGCUAGCUGAUCCAGCAGGCAACUUUGGCAGUCUUCGUCGCACCCAUUCUCUCCCGUCUAUGGCGAACCGUCCUUCUGCCGGAAAUCCUGUUCAGUUCGCCAGGGCCGCUGCCCGCAUACCCAGCACGGUCAACAACAAUGCGCCCCCCGAACAACCCCCAAAGCACGCCGAGCCUGAAAUGUCGCGUACUGCGGCAGUUGUCAUGUUGCUUUUGUCUACUGGUUUAGUGGCAGCUUGCGCUGAAUUUCUUGUCGGUGCCAUUCCUGACAUGACUGCAAGCUCUCCCGUUAGUGAAGCGUUUAUUGGUCUCAUCAUUCUUCCUAUCGUCGGCAACGCCGCUGAGCACGUGACUGCUGUGACUGUGGCCACCAAAAACAAGAUGGACUUGGCUAUUGGUGUGUCGGUUGGAAGUAGUAUUCAAAUCGCCCUCUUUGUCACCCCUCUGGUCGUUAUCUUGGGUUGGUGCAUGGACAAGGAUAUGAGCUUGUACUUCACCUUGUUCGAAACCAUUUCCUUGUUUGUCACGGCCUUUGUCGUCAACUUCCUCAUCUUGGAUGGAAGAUCGAACUACCUGGAGGGAUUGUUACUAUGUGCUGCAUAUGUGAUCAUUGCGGUUGCAUCCUUCUACUAUCCCGGCGACAGUCAGUCCAGUAGCCUCGGAGCUGCUGGAUAA